UGAUAAGUUUUCUGCACUUGCACUUAAAGACAUCGUACUCGUCAGGACUUCCUUCUCUCUUUGCAAAUUAAGAAUCGAUCCUCUCUAUUUCGCAACCACAAAUAACGCGAAUCUUACGUGCACAAUAGGCAAUUAUUCAGGCUAGGAUAAUAAUUAAGCACACUCGAUUUUCCACGCAUUGUGAUCCGCACGGUUUUCUUCUUACAAUAUAUUCUUUCACAUAAUAGCAUCUGCGUUUUUUUAACAACUGGAAUAUGCGUCACUUUUCUUUUGGAAUCUGCACCUUAUCACCGCACUUUCCGAAUACAACUGACCGAAAAUUAAGCGUCCAAACAAAUGGCGCUUGAUGCGUUUGGCUAGUUUGUCAACCAAUCACAACGAGCUAAUCAUUUAACGAUAAAUCAUAGGUUCCGAGGUAACGUACAUUGUAUAUGCAUUUUAUGUACGCGAUCAAAAUAUGGUAACAAAUUAUUCGUUAAAUUUUGAUGAGCAUAUUCAAGGCACUUUGUUUCCAUUUUACUUCCUUCCAUUGUACAAUAUGGGGUGGAUUAGGACCUACUGUAUGUUAAUAUUUUUAUUUGCCCUCUUGUGGUUAUCAUAGAAAGUUAUUACAGAACAUUUUUAGUGGCAUCGAUAAUACAGACUUGUAAACAAAAAUCACGUUAUGGGAAUGAUCUUAUAUGCAUUCUAACUUUGCGUAUGAACUGCGUGGUGAUAGUGGUGACCGGAAGUGUUGUAAUGUUACUUAGAGAAAAUGUGAUAGAACCCGCGAAACUUGUUUGAAGAAUAAAAAAUGGAAUGCCUUUCACUGGUGGUAUGGAGUACGGAGUAUUGGAGUACAGUACAGAUGUUUGGACUUAUUAUUAUACUUAAUUAAUACGUAUUCACAAGAAACACAGUCACUUUGCUGCAGUGUUUAUGUAUACAACCGUGUUGUCAUUGAUAUUUAAUUGCACUUUUUUACUUAUGAUGUUUUCUUGGAAAAAAGCAUUAACAGCUGUUUCUCAAUGGCCUGUAAAAAGAAUACAUACUUCGACUAUUUUGCAAGAAGCUGUAAUAAUAGACGGCAACCAGAUUGCUAAUGAGAUACAAAAAGAAUUGAAAGUAACUGUUGAUACUUUGGUAAAAGAUGGGAACAGAAAGCCAAACUUAGUUGCUAUAAUAGUUGGUAAUAAUCCAGCUAGUAAAUUAUAUGUUCAAAGUAAAAUGAAAGUUGCAAAGUUAAUUGGGAUUGACAGCUCUACUAUCUCUUUUGACGAAAAUGUAACACAAGAAGAUGUCAUUAAAAAAAUUAAUCAUUUAAAUAAAAAUGAAUUGGUAGACGGAAUUCUUGUUCAAUUGCCAUUAUCUAAUCAUAUAAAUGAAAAUGAAAUAUGCCAAGCAAUUGCACCACAUAAAGAUGUGGAUGGGUUUCACUUAGAAAAUAUAGGUAGAUUAUCAUUAAAUCAUGAUGGCAUCAUACCUGCAACUGCUCUAGGAGUAAGAGAAUUAAUAGUUAAGAGUAAGAUAAAUACUUUUGGAAAAACUGCAGUAGUUGUUGGAAGAUCAAAACAUGUUGGUUUACCAAUUGCCUUACUUCUGCACUCAAGUGGCAAAGGUAAAACUGGGGCUUUAGACAUGACUACAACAAUAUGUCAUCGUCAUACUCCCAGGACUGAAUUAGCAAAAUUGACAAAGUUAGCAGAUUUAGUAGUAGUUGCAACUGGUAUCCCUGGUUUAAUCACUGUGGACAUGAUAAAACCUGGUGCCUGUAUAAUUGAUGUAGGAAUAUCAAGAAUAAAAGUAGGAAAUAAAAACAAACUAGUAGGUGAUGUGGAUUUUGAAAAUGUGAAACAGGUUGCUGGGUAUAUUACACCUGUGCCAGGAGGUGUUGGUCCAAUGACUAUAGCCAUGCUAAUGAAAAAUACAAUUUCUGUAGCUAUAAAGAAUUAUCAAUGUAAAAAAUAGUUCUUGAACUGCAAAUUGCUACUCUUCAUAUCCUAUUUCAAUAAAGAAAAAUGGAUCGCAUGCACUUAAAAGUAAUUAUAAUCAACGUAAAAUUAGUAAUUGGUUUAAGAAUAGUUUUUUUUAAUAAAGGCAAUUGUAUAAUAUA